ACCUACAUACUCCUUCAUCGUUUCACAUUCAAGCCAUACUUUCGAUUCUCGGUACUAUCUCAGUUCGUACCGAAAACACUCUACAACCACUCCCAAGAAUCCACAAACUUACCAUGACGACAUCACAUCCGCCAAAUGAUCCGCCGCCUAGUUACGAAGCCGCUAUCUUUGAUGCAGAUCCUUCACCCGGGAUACAUCGUGUCUCUACAGAUGGUCCUGCAGCCCGCACUGAGCGCAAUGGCAUUCCGCCUGACCGACGGCGUUCAAUGGAGGAUGAAAUACGCGAGCUGCCCCCGGGCUGGGUGCGCUCAUUCGAUCCAGAGUCACAACAUCAAUUCUUCGUAGAUACGAGAGCAAAUCCUCCACGUAGUAUCUGGACGCACCCAUACGACGAUGAAGACUUUCUCAAAACUCUCAGCCCGGAGGAGCGUGCUAGGCAUACUCGCAUGCAUAGGACGAUGACGAUGGAGGAUUUGGCAGCUGAAGACUCAGACGCCGAAGACCAACUUCCCCCUCGUCCUACGGCCCAGGACAAAGCGGCCUCAGCGCCUGGUGGGCCGACAGGCAUUCACAAGUUCUCCCGCAAGCUCAAGGACAAGAUCACCGGCCAAACACACGAGCAACGGGAACAAGCACGUACUCGUCGUGCAGAACAGGAGCGUCAAGUAUACCUCCAACAUCUUCGAACAAGGCAAGCAAUCAUUCGUGCCAUGGAGACGGGUGAACCGCAGUUGUUGGGCAAAGAUCGACAAGGCAGAGAUGUAUACAUCGAGCCACCCCAGGGUCCCUUCGCACCCAGGGGCGCAUAUGGAUACAAUCCCUAUGGUUCCCGACAAUACCAGAACCCCAACAUGCGGUAUAUGCGUCCAGCUGGACCGUAUGGUAGACCUUACGGAUAUGGCUAUGGAGGCGGAGCAGGUUUGCCAAUUGCGGCUGGAUUCCUCGGCGGCGCGAUGCUUGGCAGUGCUAUGUUCUAGGCAAUUUGGAGCCAGGGUGAAUUGGUAGUUGAUGAUGCUUGCUGAUCACCUAGGCAUUGCUGAAGAGUGCGGUCAUGGUUGGGUGAGACCAGCAACAAUGGCAUAUGUAAUGGUCGGCAAUCGGUUAAAGGUGGACUUCCCGAUGGGUACUCUAGUGCAGAUAAUAUCCUAUGUAAUGCAUGAUCAGAGCCCACACAAUUCUGCCUGGCCUGUACUGCAUAGCAGACAAUGUCACAAGUAUAUGGCCAUUGUAUGUAGUUUCGAGAUCAAAA